UUCUUUCCUUUCCUUCGGGGCGCAGCACCUCCUCCUCUCCUCCUCCUCCGAUCGCCCAGGCGACCGCUCCCCUUCUUCCCAACAUGCCCGAACAGCUCAGCGUCUCGGAGUUCGUGGCCGUCACUUCGGAGGAUCUCAGCUCGCCGCUGGCGUCCGGCUUCGCCGCCAAGAUGCACAAGUGCCGGGGCGCGGUGGGGGCGCUGGAAGAGAGUUUGGAUGGAGACCAAGCCAUUCUUCAGCGGAUCAGGAAAUAUGUGAAAGCGAUUCAUGUUUCUGGGCUCACUCACGUGGAAAACGAGGAACAAUACAGUGAAACCCUGGAGAACUUUGGCAAUAAUCACCUUUCUCAGAACAACCACGAACUGUCCACGGGCUUCCUCAACCUUGCUGUUUUCACCAGGGAAGUGACGGCACUUUUGAAAAACCUGGUGCAGAAUCUGAACAACAUAGUCUCCUUUCCUCUGGACAAUCUGUUGAAAGGGCAGUUGAAGGACACCCGGCUGGAUUCCAAGAAGCAAAUUGAAAAGGCUUGGAAGGAUUACGAGACCAAAGUAGCAAAGCUGGAAAAGGAGAAGGAGCGAGCCAAGAUAUCUGGAGUCAUCCAGACUGAACCCUCGGCCGCCGAAAUCACGGAGGACCUGCAGAAGGAACGCCGCACUUUCCAGCUGCAGAUGUGUGAGUAUCUUCUGAAAGCCAACGAAUGCCAAAUGAAGCAAGGGCCAGAUUUUCUGCAGAGCCUCAUCAAGUUUUAUCAUGCGCAACAUAAUUUCUUCCAAGAUGGCUGGAAGGCAUCUCAGAACCUCUACCCGUUCAUCGAAAAACUAGCCGCCUCCUUACAUGCACUUCGUCAGGCUAAGGAAGAAGAGGUAAAGCAGCUCACUCGGAUCCGGGAUUCCCUCCGAGGCAUCUUGCAGCUGGAGAACAAAGGGGAGAACCUCAACAGAAAGAACUCUGGCAGUGGGUACAGCAUCCAUCAGCAUCAAGGCAAUAAACAAUACGGGACUGAGAAGUCUGGCUUCUUAUAUAAGAAAAGUGAUGGAAUUCGGAAGGUGUGGCAGAAGAGAAAGUGUGGGGUGAAAUACGGAUGUCUCACUAUUUCUCACAGCACAAUAAACCGUCCUCCAGUAAAGUUAAAUCUCUUGACCUGCCAAGUAAGGCCGCAUCCAGAGGAUAAAAAAUCCUUUGAUCUUGUCACACACAAUAGAACAUACCACUUCCAAGCCGAAGAAGAACAAGAUUGUAUAGUGUGGGUGUCGGUGCUCCAGAACAGUAAGGACGAAGCGCUUAGCAAUGCUUUCAAGGGGGACCCAGGAGGCUCCAUGUCUUCAUCUGGAGGCGUGGCUGACAGCGGAUUGCAAGAACUCACCAAACUCAUUAUCGACGAAGUGAAAAACAUGCCAGGAAAUCGAUGGUGCUGUGAUUGUGGAGCCCCAGAUCCCACCUGGCUCUCCACCAACCUUGGCAUCUUGACAUGCAUCGAGUGCUCAGGGAUUCACCGUGAAUUAGGGGUGCACUAUUCCCGCAUCCAAUCUUUGACGCUAGAUGUGCUCAGCACCUCGGAAUUGUUGCUGGCAGUCAGCAUUGGAAAUGCCAAGUUUAAUGAUGUCAUGGAAGCCACCUUGCCAAUCCAGAACAGCCCCAAACCUUCCUCGAGCAGCGAUAUGAAUACCAGGAAGGAAUUCAUCAUGGCUAAGUAUAUGGAACGCAAGUAUGUCCAUAAAGCUACCAAGGAAGAUCCUUACCGAGUCUGGGAUGCUAUCCGAAGCAGGGAUCUUUUGGCACUGCUCCAGGCUUUUGCUGAAGGCCACGAUCUGUCCAAACCUCUCGUGACUCCUGAAGGUCAGGAACAAGGUGAACCAGCCCUGCAUUGGGCAGUACGCUAUGCCAACAAAACUUCCCUUCCAUUGGUGGAUUUCAUUAUUCAGAAUGGGGGAAAUCUGGACCGACCCACUGCGGAUGGGAACACAGCCUUACAUUAUGGAGUCCAGUAUAAUCAGCCCAAUUGCAUCAAGUUGUUACUGAAAGGGAAAGCUUCUACAAAGGCAGUAAACGCAGCUGGUGAAACGCCUCUAGAUGUGGCAAGAAGAUUCAAGAAUGCUGAGUGCAAAGACUUGCUGAUUGGUGCAGGAGAGCGGAUUGCCGCGCCUCAGCUGUGUUACUCCCAAGUGGUAACACAGAAGCUGGAGCAGGCCCAGGCUGGGAAGUUGGCUAUGCAGAUGCACGUAGACUACGACUGGGAAACUUCUCAGGAGUUCUCGUAUGACAGUGAAGAUGAGCUGGAUGAAAAGAUUAGCCCACUGCAGCGAUCUUUUGGGUCUUCACCAUCUCCAACCACCGGCCAGCCCAUUCUCUUCUCUCCAAAUCGGUGGGGCUGUUCUGGCAUGGAUAUUAGCAACAAGACCUACGAGACCAUUGUGAUCCCUUCGCAGCCUGGUCAACGAAACUCAACCAGUGAGAAGAUCCCACCGCCACUGCCGCUCAAAAAGCCUCCCAAAGGGAGCAGCAAACCGAAACCAGAUGCCUCUGAAUCACUACCCCAUUCGCCAGACAGCCCUGACGUUUGGAACUCAUCUGUUUCCAGCAUCCCCGGUGUGUUGGAGGGUGGCCCAUUCUGGCAAUCACCCAACUUCCGUAACUCUAUGGAAGUCAAAGGCACAGCUUAUUGGGAGACCUGCUCUGAUGUCGGGGGUGCCUCCCAACGGCGAAGAUCGGAGCCGACUCAGAUGAUAGCUCUGCAGCCUUCCCCUGGAACCUCUCCUGAACCAGGACAAACAGCCCCAGUCAAGUUCAGCUCAGAAAGCACCAGGUCCUAUCGACGGAUUAGUAGCAGCUCGAUGGGUAAAUUUUCCAGCAGCCCUCUUUCGCCGCAGAGCCCCAGUUGCCCGGAAGAAGUGUCUAUAUGCAAAACUGCGAUGCCAGGGCCAACACCUCUGCCUGUGCCAGCGCCAAGAAGAUUUGCACCAGCCAAAGGUCGGUUAAAACGAGUCAAGGCUUUGGCUGACUGCAAAGGGGACAAGGCCCGCGAGUUGACUUUCUCCAAGGGUGAAGUCAUCGUAGUAACACGGGAAGAGGACGAACAAAAUUGGGUUGGAUUCAUUGAAGGCGAUGGCACAAGGACAGGUGUCUUUCCUUCCAACUUUGUCCAGCCGUUGCAAGACUGAGUGGACUCAGAUUGGUCUUCUCUGAAAAGAUGAGGCAUCAUGAUCUGCUCUGGAGACGGACAAGGUGUGGAGGCUUGCUGGAUCUCCAUAGAACCCUGAUCUUCAUGGGAUGUCAUUUCCUUAUUCAGUUCCAUGAUAACAUUGCUAGGAAGAGAUGGUGGAAUCUGGCUUUUGAGACUCUUUUUUGUAGACAGAAAGAGGGAGGGGCCAUGGACAAAGGACACAUAUAUGUCAAUGUGACUUGAUGGACCACUUUUUGUCCCUUCAAUUGUGGAGGGUAGUAUGUGACAUUCGUCGUGUAACGUAGAGGCUCUACCACGAAGUCAUCUCUUUUGGCCAUUGGGUCUCAUUCAGAUCGUCCUGUGCCCACUUUGAGCCGUUGAGGAAUGGAUCAAAGUUCUUCAGUGCACCACUUGAUUUAAUACCAGUCUCAGUUUCCAUGUCAACAACCAUGAGGGAGCAGAAGUAUUUAGAAAAUAGUUUUCGGGGUGGGGGUGGGGUUGAGGAGGUGGAAAUUGCAAGGAAUCAAUGCUGAAGAUUGUUUGGGAAGCCUCGGGGGUUGGGCAGGGCUGCUGUAAUCCUUGCUCCAAUUGUAUGAGUCACCUUCGUGUUUUGUUCAUGGGGAAAUAAUUCCUCUAUUGCAGACUAUAUGACUCUCUGCGAUAGAAGAUUCUGGAUUUUGUCAGUCUGGUUGAGGUUGUUGUUAACUCGAGUCGCAUGGAUCUCCACUCAGCAAAGUAUCAUCGCCAUCUUGUUUCCUCAGAAUCUGUCUCCCUUCUAGGACAACUCUAAACAACUUUUCUCUAAACUUCAUUAAAAAGAAAACCUCACCUUGUUGGGUAAAAAUC